GGGAACUGGAGGGCUCGGUGGAGAUGAACUUGAAAUUUUUGCAGGCGGAGAGUUUAGCUAGAGAGAUGGAAAGAGGGAACAAUGGGAUUCCGAGGAAUAGUUCCAUAGCCAAGUUCGUUAAUGAGGGUGAGGGUCUUGUGAAGGCGAUUCAGGGUUUUACUCUUGGAUCGGAGUUGAUACCAAAGCUAUCUCGAGUUGGGAGAUUGGUGUUGUAUGGUUUCAUUGCGUUGUGGGCAUUGAAGAAGUUAUUCACUUUUGGAAAUAAAGAAGAGCGAUACUCGGAAUUGGAGAAGGAAAUGAUGAGGAGAAAGAUCAAAGCAAGAAAGGAGAAAGAGAUGUUAGAACCGAGCAGUGUGGAAGUUGUUCAAGCAGCUCCGGAACUGCCACUGGGUUCCUUUAAAAAGCCUAGCCUUGAGAAGCAACAACUUAUGAAAGUUAUUGGGAGAGGAAAAUCUUCAAAUGGUAACCUGGCUCUACAAGUUUCUCCAAGUUCCAUGAUCACUGCUGAGUAUACAGAUUUUGAUGAUAAAGUUCAGGAAUCAGAA